GAGCAAGCGAUUAGAGGAGCUUUUCUUAAAUGUGAGCACAGACAAAAAUGCCGGUGUCGUGUUCGGCUUACGGCUGUAAAAACAGACGAACCAGUCUGAGUAGACGUCGAGGGAUAACUUUUCACCAGUUUCCCAAAAAUCCCGGACUCAGAAAAGCCUGGGUCGCAGCUUUCAGACGGCUGGACUUCAAGCCAUCUAAUAAAACAGUCCUCUGCAGCGAUCACUUUACUGAAGCUGAUUUUGACAGAACUGGACAGACUGUUCGACUAAGAGAAGGUGUUAUCCCUUCUAUUUUUGCAUCUUUUCCAAACCACCUAAAGAAGCGGCCCGUUAAAACUAGAUCAUCAAGGACAUCAAGCCGCGCUUUGGAACCAAUCCCAGAUCUUGUCCAUGUUCCCAAAUGCACUGUCCUUCCAAAGCCUUCCUUCUCUGAUCAUCAUUAUGCCCUCGAUCCGGAUCAAGUAAAAAAAAAGCUUUUUGAGGCUCAAGCUCGGAUUGAGGAGCUGCAGCGGCAACUCAGGAAUGCGAAGGAUCGCGAAAGAAGACAGAAACUCAUCUUAAGGUCGCUUCUGGAACAAUUACAGCACACGGGGAUGGUUUCAGAGGAAAUGUACAACCAGCUGCGCCAGGAUUCUGAGUGCUGGGAGGAUGAGCCAUCAUGAAGGCUUGUUUAGAGGCUUCAAGCGUUGGCCGGGAUCCCUCAUCUGGACAAAAGCUGCAGAGUUCUUGAAAUUCCAGCUGUGCUCCCCCCACUAGGUUUAUAUAAAUGUGUUCACCAUUCGCCCACAGAAAGGUUAUUACUUACUUAUAACUCAUCCACUAGAAAGUCUGAAUAAAGAGUGAUUGGAAAUUAAAAAAUGUAUUGACUGUGGAAAAUUGUUGUAUGGAAAAUUUAAUUUUUGAUAGAUCCAUUGUUCUGUUGCCCCAAGAUUCUUGUUUUGAGUAGUUCAUAAUAAAGGGUUUUUUUUUUUUGGGGGGGGGGGGGGGGCUGAGGUUAUCUGAAGGUACAAUGUAAGUCAUGAGAAUGUUUUUACAUGUUCAUCAACUUUCUUUUUUAUUUUUAUACAAUAAAAUGUCCUUCUAGACUUAC